CUCCAGGCCCAGAUCAUGACUCAUACGAGUCUGCCCCUGCUCGCCCGUCUGACCUGGAAAGUCAAUUUCUACAGACUAUCUACGGGAAUUGAACAGAGAGCAAAUUCUGAUCCAACGUUAUGGAACUUUGUUUCACUCUCCCUGAGUCCAUCAACAGUGUUACUGUCAGUAAUCUUUCCUGACACUGAAGUCGCUGGAGAUGGAAAUUGUUCAGGUCUAGACCGGAGUUGCAGACAGCUACACUAUUCAUCCGCCCGAGCAAGUAAACACGUGUCUCUAAAAAAACUACAAUCCCCAAUAAGCUCUAGUGUUUUUCUCGAGGGGCGGGAUGACGCAUGCUUAGUCCCUCUCGCGAGGAGGGUAAAUCUAACUACCAUUCCCAGAAAGCAUCACGCUGAAAAUUACCCAAUCAUCACUCAGUAUAAAACAUCGCGAGAUUUGGGUGCGCCUUGGGUCUAUAAGCCCGUGGGCCCGGCUACCAGAAAGUCUUUCUACGAAGAUGGCGCCGAAAGCAAAGAAGGAAGGUGUGUGCUGGGGCCAUGGGGGCCACAGCUGGCUGGUCUGGGGUUUCUACACUCCCCUGCCCCUCCCAAAGCUGAAGCCAAAGCCAAAGCUUUGAAGGCCAAGAAAGCAGUGCUGAAAGGCGUCCACAGCCAUAAGAAAAAGAAGAUCCGCACGUCACCUACCUUCCGUCGGCCCAAGACACUGCGGCUCCGAAGACAGCCCAAGUAUCCUCGCAAGAGCGCCCCCAGGAGAAACAAGCUUGACCACUAUGCCAUCAUCAAGUUCCCCCUGACCACGGAGUCAGCCAUGAAGAAGAUAGAAGACAAUAACACACUUGUUUUCAUUGUGGAUGUCAAGGCCAAUAAGCACCAGAUAAAACAGGCUGUAAAGAAACUCUAUGACAUUGAUGUGGCCAAGGUCAACACCCUGAUCAGACCUGAUGGAGAGAAGAAGGCAUAUGUUCGAUUGGCUCCUGACUACGAUGCCUUGGAUGUUGCCAACAAAAUUGGGAUCAUCUAGACUGAGUCCAGCUGCCUAAUUCUAAAUAUAACUUUUCACUGUAUAUAUUUA